GCACACUCUGCUCCGCGUCGGUCCCUCUCCUCCUUCUUCCCCCUCCUCCCAUCCCUUCCUCCCCACCCCCGUCCCCCUAGCCCCACUCUUCCUCUUCCUCCUCCUCUUCCUCCUCUCCUUGCUCGGCGAUGCGAGCCUGUAUCGUGUAACAGGAUUGGCGUUGCAAUGGCAACUGAUGGAAUGGGGGAAGGCAAGACAGCAGGGCUGGGGGCUCCGGACUGCGGGCGGGCGGGCCGCUGCCGCCGCUUGACGCUGCUCCGGGGACCUUCGCGAGUUACUUUGUAAAGGCGAACCCAGGCGACGACGCCCCUGCUCGGUGCCCCGAGUCAGAGGCCACUUCCUGCUCCGUGGCUGCCCGCGUCAGGCUCGCACCGCUCGGCACCCCCGGACCCUGGCCGGCGCCCGCUGCCAGCCCAGCGCGCCGCCGCCGCCGUAGCUGCGGAGACUCGAGCCCGCUACCCUGAAGAACACUUCGACUCACGGCCCCCUUCCCAUCACGCCCCCUGCUCCUCCCCGGCGUCUGCGAUUUUCCCAGGCGCCCGGUGUGAGUGCGGCGUGCGUGUGAGUGUGUGUCAGGGUAUUGUGUUGUGGUGUGUGUGUGUGUGUGUGUGUGUGUGUGUGUAUGAGUGUGGGGUGUGCGGGGCUCCUGCGCUCCGCUCACGGACGCCGCCGGGGAAGGACUGACGGACGGCGCUUUCUUCUUCGGCGAGCGGUUCCCGGGCACCUCGGCUCGGCCCGGGCGCGAGUGGAGCGCGCUCGGCUAGCCGCCGGCCUCCGGAAGGUCCCGCUGCGUACCCCCUGGGCUGGAUAUGUUCAUGUUCACGUGAAGAUGGAUUUAGUGUACGGUCUCGUGUGGCUGCUGACAGUCCUCCUGGAGGGGAUCUCUGGCCAAGGAGUAUACGCUCCCCCAACGGUUCGUAUUGUGCAUUCAGGCUUGGCCUGUAACAUUGAGGAGGAGCGCUACUCGGAAAGGGUCUACACCAUACGGGAAGGAGAAACCCUAGAACUGACCUGUCUGGUCACAGGACAUCCACGUCCACAGAUCAGGUGGACCAAAACAGCAGGAAGUGCCUCUGACAGAUUCCAAGACUCAAGUGUCUUCAAUGAGACUUUGAGGAUUACAAAUAUUCAGCGUCACCAAGGAGGCCGGUAUUACUGUAAAGCAGAGAAUGGCUUGGGGUCCCCAGCGAUAAAGUCAAUCAGAGUGGAUGUAUACUAUUUGGAUGACCCAGUAGUAACUGUUCAUCAAAGUAUAGGUGAAGCUAAAGAACAAUUUUACUAUGAGAGAACAGUGUUCCUCCGGUGUGUGGCAAAUUCCAAUCCACCAGUUCGGUACAGCUGGAGACGUGGUCAGGAGGUAUUACUACAAGGAUCUGAUAAAGGAGUUGAGAUUUAUGAGCCCUUCUUUACCCAGGGUGAAACCAAGAUCUUAAAACUAAAGAAUCUUCGACCUCAAGACUAUGCUAAUUAUAGCUGCAUUGCUUCAGUGAGGAAUGUAUGUAAUAUUCCUGAUAAGAUGGUGUCAUUUAGACUUUCCAAUAAAACAGCAUCUCCGUCAAUUAAACUCUUGGUGGAUGACCCUAUAGUUGUAAAUCCUGGAGAGGCCAUAACAUUAGUAUGUGUUACAACAGGAGGAGAACCUGCACCCACUCUCACCUGGGUCAGGUCCUUUGGGACUCUGCCUGAAAAGACUGUUUUGAAUGGAGGAACAUUGACCAUACCCGCCAUCACCUCAGAAGAUGCUGGUACUUACAGCUGCAUCGCCAAUAAUAAUGUGGGAAACCCUGCAAAAAAGUCCACCAACAUCAUUGUGAGAGCAUUAAAAAAAGGACGAUUUUGGAUCACACCAGAUCCUUAUCACAAAGAUGACAACAUCCAGAUUGGGCGUGAGGUGAAAAUAUCUUGCCAAGUAGAAGCUGUUCCUUCUGAGGAGUUAACAUUUAGUUGGUUUAAAAAUGGCCGUCCAUUAAGAAGUUCUGAGCGGAUGGUUAUUACCCAGACUGAUCCGGAUGUCUCCCCGGGAACGACAAACUUGGACAUCAUUGAUUUAAAAUUCACGGAUUUUGGGACAUACACAUGUGUAGCAUCUCUGAAGGGAGGAGGAAUAUCUGAUAUCAGUAUUGAUGUUAAUAUAUCCAGCAGCACAGUUCCACCCAAUCUGACUGUUCCACAGGAAAAAUCACCUCUGGUCACCAGAGAAGGGGACACAAUAGAACUGCAGUGUCAAGUAACUGGAAAACCUAAACCCAUCAUCCUCUGGUCUAGAGCGGAUAAAGAAGUUGCAAUGCCUGAUGGGUCAAUGCAAAUGGAGAGUUAUGAUGGAACACUGAGGAUUGUGAAUGUAUCUAGAGAAAUGUCAGGAAUGUACAGAUGUCAGACCAGCCAGUACAAUGGAUUUAACGUGAAGCCAAGAGAAGCUUUGGUGCAGCUCAUUGUGCAGUAUCCUCCUGCUGUGGAGCCAGCGUUCCUGGAGAUCCGGCAAGGACAAGAUCGAAGUAUUACUAUGAGCUGCCGGGUUCUGAGAGCCUAUCCAAUACGGGUACUGACCUAUGAGUGGCGCUUAGGCAAUAAAUUAUUACGGACGGGUCAGUUUGACUCUCAAGAGUACACAGAAUACCCAGUGAAGAGUCUUUCCAAUGAGAACUAUGGGGUCUAUAAUUGUAGCAUCAUAAAUGAAGCUGGAGCUGGGAGAUGCAGCUUUCUUGUUACAGGAAAGGCCUAUGCUCCAGAAUUCUAUUAUGAUACCUACAACCCUGUGUGGCAAAACAGACACCGUGUUUAUUCUUACAGUCUACAGUGGACACAAAUGAAUCCUGACGCGGUAGAUCGGAUUGUUGCAUACCGGUUGGGUAUCAGGCAGGCUGGACAGCAGCGUUGGUGGGAACAGGAGAUUAAAAUAAAUGGAAAUAUUCAAAAAGGAGAACUAAUUACAUAUAACUUGACAGAGCUAAUUAAACCAGAGGCUUAUGAAGUCCGGCUAACUCCUCUCACCAAAUUUGGUGAAGGAGAUUCAACAAUUCGUGUCAUUAAAUAUAGUGCUCCUGUUAAUCCUCAUUUGAGAGAAUUUCACUGUGGAUUUGAAGAUGGUAACAUUUGUUUGUUCACCCAAGAUGAUACAGAUAAUUUUGACUGGACCAAGCAAAGUACUGCGACAAGAAAUACAAAAUAUACUCCAAACACAGGACCUAAUGCUGAUCGUAGCGGCUCCAAAGAAGGUUUUUACAUGUACAUUGAGACAUCUCGGCCCAGACUGGAAGGCGAAAAGGCCCGACUUCUCAGCCCUGUUUUCAGCAUAGCUCCUAAAAACCCUUACGGCCCCACGAACACUGCAUAUUGUUUCAGCUUCUUUUAUCACAUGUAUGGACAACAUAUAGGUGUUCUAAAUGUUUAUCUGCGUUUGAAAGGGCAGACAACAAUAGAGAAUCCACUGUGGUCUUCGAGUGGGAAUAAAGGACAACGGUGGAAUGAGGCUCAUGUUAAUAUAUAUCCAAUCACUUCAUUUCAGCUCAUUUUUGAAGGUAUUCGAGGUCCUGGGAUAGAAGGUGACAUUGCCAUUGAUGAUGUGUCAAUUGCAGAAGGAGAAUGUGCAAAACAAGACCUAACGACUAAGAAUUCUGUUGAUGGUGCUGUUGGAAUUUUAGUACAUCUAUGGCUUUUUCCGGUCAUCGUCCUCAUCUCUAUCUUAAGUCCUCGAAGGUGACCUUAUCCUGGCAGAGGCUAUAAAAGAUUCACCAGGCACUGGCAUGAAGAAAGAGUCUUUGUAAAUGGACAUUGAAAAAACAAACUACCAAAGAUUCCUCCACUGACUACUGACUCAAAAAUAAAAUAAUAAAAACGAAUUUUUUAAAGCACUGGGGAUAAAAAGACAUCAUGGAAGUAUAACUUAUUCCAAACUACAUAUAAAAGAUAAUCUUGACCUGAGUAGAGAAGAGACCUUCAGGUGCUUUUGUGGCUAAAAAGAUUACAGCAUCAUCUGGUCAUCUGGUUGAACUCUGGAAAAAAAAAAAAAAAAAGCUAUAGAAAUCCUUGUCAAAGCACAAAGUCAUGGCUGGUUUUGUUUCAAAUGAAUAGUUUGCUUGUUACCAUGGAAACCUAAUGGCCUGCCAACAAAAACCUCACUGUAAACAGGGUACGUGAAGAGCUGGCAUUUAUUUUCCUUUCAAGAAGGUUUUAUGUAGAGAAUUAAAUAAAUGUAGGCCCUUUUACCUUUGGUUGUUACCCUUCCUUAAAAAUAACCCGAACUCAGAAUUAUUUAAAACAUUCGUGCUCCUCCCCACCUGUCCCCAUCCCACCUUUAUUGUUAUUAUUUGUUUUCCCCCCAUGGCUAAGCUAGAGAACUGUAUGCUGUCUCUUUUUGCAUGCAUUACUAUCCAGGAUGGUAAACCUGGGCUUACAUAUUACACAGGCUUAUCGGAGUUUGCUUGCGGCCACUUGAACACCCAAACUAAGUCAUCUGUUCCAAUGAAGAAACCAAACCACCAUCUUUUAUAAAUUGCCAUGGAAACCAAGUGCCUUCAAUGAAACAAGCCUGAAUAAUUUUCAACUCAGAAGCUUGCACUGCUAAGAGUGGUUUGUGUAAAACUAUUUUAUAAACAAACUACAGAGCCUAAAUGUGCAAAUUACAGGCAAGACCACAAAAGCCGCUUCUGAAGAAGAAAGGACCGGAGCUGCUGCGUAAGCCCAUGCAGACGAGAUACUUGUUGUUUGACCUCCUAGACAGCCAUGGCCUUUCGGCUUAUUGUCCAUUAGAAAAUAACUUCCAUUGAGACCAGACAUGGGAGCAACACUUUUUUCUUCCAGGUUAUUAUAUGGGUCAACCAGAGCAAAAGGUUGUUAAGAUAAUACUUAGCGCAGAAGGUGGUAAAACACAAGAGUGGUUUUUUUUACUCUAACCUCCAUUUGAAAUGAAAUUGGCCCUAGCUUUAGAGGGAGCGAGAAAAUGUUUGUGAUUGCAGUGCACACAAACUCUACAGCGGAACUGGGCCUGAAAAAUCUGGCUUUAUUCUAAACACUGAAGGUAAUAUGCCUCUGCCCUUUAGUCAGACUCUGUGCAAAUUGUGAAAUAUUAUUUUAUUAUUUUACCAAGAUUAAAAACACUUUUACAAAAAAAUGAAAACCUGUAAAAAUGAUUUUCAGCUACCUGAGGACAAAUCAUACCUUUAACCAGCCAGUUUUCCAACGCAUUGUAAAUUUCACUUAAACCUGUUGGUUAUGAAAAUUUGAAGAUCUUUUUCCUUAAAUUAUCUCAGCUUUUAACUUCAUUUAAAAAGACUUUUGUCUAAAGAAGAAUAUUAUUAUUAUUAUAUGUUCUUUCAAUACCCCAGGAUUUAAAAAAAAACUGAUUAUGCAAGUAAUUGGGAUAUAAGUAUUAAAUUAUAACAUUUGCAAAUAUUAAUAUAAAAAGCACAACAAAAUGUAGUGGAAAAUGACAAAGCUUGAUUUUUAAAAGAAAAAAAAAUUCUGUAGAAAUGUUUGUGCAAAUUCAAUAAUUCAACUUAAAAGAUAAUUUUACAGCUAUGUUCAAUAAAGCCUCUUUCCAGGUAAGGUAUGCAAAGCGGUAUGUGUGUUUGUUGAGCAAUGUUUACUUGUCACCAAAAUGAGAUUAGUUAUAUAAUUUAUUGGUUAUGUUACCAUGGGAUAAAUCUUCAGGGCUUCAUACACCUUAAUGUCUGCAGGAAAGAAUUGAAUAGGAACCCCUGAUGCACUCUUCCAUACUUUUCAUACAUGUAACAACAACAAAAACAACAAAAGUCAAACCUGUGAAAGUAAAAUAUGAAACAGAUGUGAACUUGGAAUUUAAUGCUUAUUUUCGUAGUUAAAGAGGGGACCAGCUGGAAUAUCUAGGUAGUGAUAAAAUCGAGCUAAACCAAUUCCUUUAAAUUAAACAGAAUUAACUAAUAAGCUUUGUAAUUUAUUUGAACUCAUUAGGCAUAUUGAAAAUUUUCAGAAUUACAGUCAACCAUCUGUUUUAUCAAAUCCAAACCAAAGAGUUUAAACAAUAUUUGGGGCACUUAGUAUUUACUAACUCUCAUUCACCUUGACUUUCAUUUAAUAUGGCAACUAACCACUUCCCUCCACUAUCCCACAUUAAUGGAUCAUCCUUCCUAACUGAUUUUCUGCACACUCAUUGCUGAUAAUGCUGAUAAAACUGUUUUCAUCUAAAGAAAGGCUUAGCUCAUUGCAGCCUUCUUCCCUUAUCUUGAAUUUGAUUUGAGUGAGACUUUCGCAAAGAACUAAAAGAAAAUGUAUGUUCAGAAUAUUUGGAUAUACCUUCGUCCUUUCCAGGAAAAUAAUCAAGUCUUCUUUUCUCCUUAUUAACACUGCAUAAAGAAAUUGUUGCAAGUGAAAGCUUCAAUCCUUAUAAAAUAGUGAAGUCUUUUAUAACCUUUCACACAAUAAGAAUACACACGCUUCAGAAGUCAUGAGAACUGGCUGGUACUUCAAAAAUUAAUUUUGAUUAAAUUUUUGAGAAAUUGUAAAUGAGUGCCAAGUACAAAGGGCAGUCAGAAGAACUGAAAAACAAUCAGAUUUAUUGAUAAGGUAAUAAAUUAGAAUAUAUAUCUCAAGUGGGUUCUGGAUCAUUUAUAUAAACCAACAAUCUUAGAAUUGUAGAAUGUUUUGCACUCCAGAUCAAAUGUUCAGUUGCUUUAAUUGAAAGAAAAUGAAUCAAAAUGUGGGAAAUUUUAAAAGGUUGGGAUAAGUGAAAUGUAAACUGUGUUAAGUAAUCUCCUGUUUAACAUUAGUUACAAUAAUGAUGACCUUAAAGCACUUACCUGUUUAUCAACUGCCUUUCUUUUCCUAAUAUUUUUGUAUUUAUUAAGAGUUGAACUCACCAACAUAUUUCCCUUUUUCCUUUUUGAUGACAUUUUAAGUGUAAUUGAUACCAUUUUUGUUAUUGUUGUUCUUUAUAGGAAGACAUCAGGCAAUGGAGCUUUUAACUCUCUGGGAGAAAGAUUAAACCGUGUAAUCUCCUAGUGUCAGUAACUGAUCCAAGUAAUUAGAAGCCUACUCUGUUUCAGUAGUUCAAAGACGCUUGUUCCUCCAUAUUUUAACAUCUCUGCAACUGGGCCUAUUUUAACUACAAUUGGUCACAUUUCUGUGUAGCAAUACAUAAAAUAAAAGUGCAUAUUAAAACUGAUGGCAUCUUAGAUAUGUUGAAAUUCGCUAAAUUCACUAAAGUCUCCAGAAGAGCCAAAUCAUGCCCAAUACCAUUCCUUUUCAACAAUCUCAAAAGUGAGAAAAGGAUGCCCUGUCAUAUUUGUAGAAUUUAUAUUAAAUACUCAUUGCCUAUGCAUUAUUUAAAAAUAACAUAACUUUUUAUUUUGUGCUUUUAAAAAAAUCUCAAUCUUCUCUUACAGAUGUUAUAUACAUAUCUAGCCCUGCUCUUUUUUUUUUCUUCCUGCUACCUAUAUUUUCGUCCCAUCAUGAAUUACAAUAUGCUAUGUAUCCCUGGUUUGAAAUGUUUUCUUGUUUUGUGUGACUUGUAAUACUUAGUAAGUUAGAAGUUUGGCCUGCCAUUAAAUUUUCUUAAAGAUCUGAAAGAUGCAUGGUACAUACACUAUAAUGUCGUACAACAGGCUAAAACAAAUGGUACUUCAUUUCACAUAUACCACACAAUUGACUUUGGCAUGGCAGUGAAUUAUGAUCAUUAUAAUAAUCAGAAUUACAAAGCAGCUAGUCAGUUACAUCAUGUUACAAAUAGUAAAAAUAAUCCCACUCUUUUAUAUUUUAAAAUAUGACAAAAUAUGAAUGACAACUGUACUUUCACCAAACAUGCAUUUUUACUUUAAGACUUUAUAAUAAACUUACCUGUCGAAGUGCGUAAUUUGAAGAACAAUUAAUUAAUUCAGUUCUAUACUUAAGACUUUAUGAAACUGGCUGUGGUAUUUUUCAUGACCUAUUUUGUUUGUUUUGAUUAGUGAUUUGAAAGAUGGUGACAAACUAAUGUGAUUUUUAAAGGAUUCUUUUGAAUGCAUUUCUUUAAUAACAACAAAACAAUUUUUUUUUAAUGUGCCUUUCAAAGAUCAGGGCCUCACAACAGUAUUUAAACUGGAAAAAAAUUCACUUCAGAUUUAUUUCCUUUUGGUUGAUGACUACUUAUAAAUUGCUUUGCCUGCAUCUCAACAAAGCAGAAGGUAUAUACUCUUCUUGCAACUGGGUAGUUGAUAUCAAUGAGGAGUUAUUGCAUUUUCUGUGAAAACAAUAAAAUCAUAGGGUUCAAGCCCAUGCUAUUUCCUUUCCUACAAUGUUCCUUUUGUGUCUAACCAGUUUAAUUAGUUUUCUUAGUGCUUAUUUUUAAAAAGCAGUCUCUGACAUUUUUUUACUUCAACUUAGUAGAAAAGCUACCAUGAAAAAACUUUUUUCAAAACUGAUAUUAAAAAGCUCUUUGCCGAGUAUCCAUAAUAUCUAUAAAUAUAUGUUACUACAUAGAAAAAUUACAACUCAAAGAUUUGAAAUUUGAAUGGGCAAUAUGUCAAUUCAGAAUCAAUCCAUCAUAUGUUCAUGUCUGUUUAGAAACAACUGAAAGUUAGGGAGCAAUAACCAUUCCAUAUAUUUCCAUAUGUACUUCUUUAUUGACAUUAUUAGAAUAAAACUUAAUAAAAUAUGAGAAGUGAUUUCACUGCCCUGAACCCACAUAGAGUACAUUGAAGUUAAGGGAUCAUUAUUCAAAAUUUUGAGCAGGAUAGAGGUUAAACUCUGGAUGGAAAUGAAAUAGUUUUCUCAAGAGAAUAUUUACAACUGAUUGAAUUUAAUUUCAAUUGUUCUAAUUUUCCAUGAGUUGAGCUAAAAAAUAUUCUUAUUUUUCAAUAAAAAUGAUGGGAAAUUCUAUGAAAUAGGGAUUAGCUUGUUAGUUUCAGUUUGUUUUCAUAUGGCUCUUAAUUGUUGUCCUGGAUUUCCAGGAUAUCAUUUUUAUUUUUUGAAUCUCAUCAGUAUAUUUAAAUGUGUAAGUUUAAUCAAAUAUACAUUGUAUUGAAUUUAUAUUGAAUAUUAGUUACAUUUUAGAUCUCGAAGUUUAGAUUUAACUUACUUUUCAUUUUGAUAUUUUACUUCUGCUAAAUAGUUUCAGAUAGCUGUAUGUUAUUUUCCCUUAGAUUUUCUUUCAAUAAAUGCAAUUAUGUUAAAUACUCUAUUAGUGUUUUGGGGAGAUUUCUGCUGUCAAUAAGCACUUAAGUUAGAAACAAAAAGCUAUUUAGAAUGGCAAUUAUAUUUGCAAAUUAAGAUGAAAAUGCCAUCAUUUCUUUCACUAUUAAAAAGCUUUUAUAGACUCAACACUGCAGUGAAGCACAAUUAGCCCAUUAAAGAUAUGUGUUGAUUUUUACAUCCUUUGUGAGGGAUCAUUUAUAAGAUUAUGUUAAACAAGUAGGCACUAAAAAAUCUUUCUGAAUGAACUGUGAAUUAAGAAUUAUGGCUCAGUUUAGUAACUCUGGGCUUCUGCAUGAUAUGUGAAAUAUCAACUAAAUAUCACAGCACUAAUGUUCUCCAGGAAGAUAGCUUCAGUCAUAUAUUUCAUGGGGGCACUGUAGGCUACAUGUGGGUCUUCUGAGGGAAACAAAUAACAGUGCUUGACAGUGAUUCAAGUGAACCAAAGUAUAAAUGGAAUCCUAACGAAUAACUUGCAUAGCUUAAUUUUCUCUCUGUCUUUGGUAUUAUAUUUCUAAGUACAUCCAUGAAAUUUUAGGAAAGUGAAUACAACUAUCAUUAACAGACCCAUUAAUUGUGUGUAAAAAUCAACUCCUAACUAUGUAUUAAAAUGCUGUUUAUUCUUUAUAAGCUAUUUAGUUUAAUACCCGAAUUAAGGACUUUACCCAUCUUUUGAUUUCCUAUAAUACAUUCCUUCAAAGCAUUCUUUAAUUGUCUGAAUAUCUGCUCCCCAGCUGAAAUUGUAACCUACCCCAGGGCAAGGACUGUGUCUUUUAACAAGUUUAAGUACUUCCAACUUAUCUAGGUUCUAUAGAGAUUAUUGAAUUAAUGAUGAUUGAAUUAAUCCAUGAUUUAGAGCUAUAUUUAGAAUAGAACUUAUUCACUGAACCUAGGAAAUAAGCAGCAAUGUCACUUUCAGUGAUAAAAUCACUGACAUUUCACGGACAGAAGAUGUCUCCUGCGUGUGAGAAAAAAUGAGAAGACAAGGCAAUUGAAAAACCAGCGUAAGCAUUUGCAACACGAUUUCUUGGCAUUUCUUAGUUUAAUAAAAAGUUAUUAUAUUUCUUAAUAGAAGGGCAAACGUCAAUGUUUUUGCAAACAAAAUUACUAUGUGGUUAAAGCAAGGAAAAUGAAAUUACUUCUGCAUGUUUUAUGUCAAAUGCCAUUGCUAUACAUGAGAUUAAUACUGCAUAGGAUCUCUACUUUCAACCAAAAUGUACUAAUUGUAGAAUAUUAUGCUUAAUUAUAUAUUAGAGAGAUCAUGAACUCUAGCUAAAUUCAAUCUUAGCUUCUUUCUAGAGUUUGUUGCACUAUAUAUUUUUUGAGAUCCAAUUAUCCACUAAACUUGAAGUAUAUUUAAACAAGCAAAUAUUUUUAUGAAUUCUAUAAUAAUCAAAUUAUAAAACAAAAUUCUAAAAAUAAGGAAAUAUUCAUUCAGUUCUGGAAAUAUCUUAUGUAGCAUAAAUUCUUAUAUGGAACAAAAAUGGUAAAUUAAUUUUCAAAAUUGGGAAUUGUGUUGAACAGAGAGAGCUAAUUUUUGUUAUUUUGUUUCUGUUUUAAAUUAUAUGUUUUAAUUUCCAAUAUUAAGACCAUUCAACAGGCCAAGGUGCCUGAAAUAAAAGAUGGUACAGUGUUAGUACAUGGCCACUACACAGUAAUAAUUGUUAAGUAAGUGAAACUAUAAGUAGUACAGUGUCUGUUAUAAUUUUUUAAUGAAAUAAACAUGCAUCUUUCCUUUUUCAUUGGUUUAGUUUUUGACAGUGUCAUGUACAAGCCUGGGGUUUUGCAUGUAUUCAAAAAGCCUUUCCAAUACAGGGGUAUUUGAGGAUACCCGAAGGGUAGCCAUUCUGAAUCAACAUCCUCUACUAGGACUGGCCAUUCCUCACCCAGCAGUCCUUUCCUCCAUGCUUAGUAUUGCUUUCUCCAUGUAGUUUUUCUUCAAACUAGAAAUACUCCUGUUAAGGAAGCAUAUUAGAGUUCUAUAAAAUUUGCAGGUGACAUUUCAUUAGCUCACAGUUCUAGCAAAAUUGGCUGAGAAAACACUGACCUAGUGGAGGGGAGUAAGGAACCAGGAGAGGCAUGCAAAGAGGUGAGGUAUGGCAUUUCGAAGACUGUAUUCAUUUGGCAAUUAUCCUGAGGACAGGUCCAGAUUAUAAAUCCAGUACAUAAAAUAUAGACAGAAGGAAAGGAAUGUUAGUUACAUGUAAAGGCUUAAAGAACAGAAUGAGAAAGCUUCUAGGAGAGAAAUAUAAACAAAGAGGGCCCCUAGAGGAGGACAAUAUGAGUAGAUAAGGAGAAUGCAUUGAAAAACAAAACUAAUCAAACCAGAGCCUUCACAUUCACAAAAAGGAGAGGAAAGGAAAAUCACAUAACCAAAUACAUUUUGUAGAGACACAUAAUCUAAAAACUGAAAAUAAAAUAUUUAGAUGAAGUAAAUUGAAAAGGUACCACAAUAAAUAUAUAUAUGCCAAUAUUUUACCCCACACAGUUCUGGCUUUCUCUUCUUUACUUUGCAGUGACCAUAGUUACACUUCGACUUCUCUGUCUACCUUCUUCUUCCUUGUUGUGUAGAUUCACAGUAUGUAGGUUAGGUUAGGUUGAGUGUGCGGGUUUGGCAAGGAACAUCUUCAAAUUAUUUCCACUUCCUGUAAUAAUCUUAAUACCUAUGCAAACACACAUACUCAUAAAUACACACCAUUUAUAUAAUUUAUCAUUUUCAAAAUGUUUUCAUUUCAUCUGUUCCAGCCCAUAACGGUUAGUGACUCACCAUGGUAUUACUUGAAUCUGCUCGAUGGAUGCUUUCCCAUCUUCUUCCCAUCACCCUGUCUCUCACUGCGUGUGGAUGGCCACCCUCCACGGUGUGAGCCAGGACCAAAAAGAACAUGUUUUUAAUAAGCAAUGUCUUUGGUAUUUUAUUUCAUCUGUUGUCUUUUUGUGCUUUUGUAUUUUAUUAUCAGUGAACCUCCAUACUUUAUCAAAUCUAAACCUUAUUUUACAUACCUCUAAGGAAAAAGAAAACAUUUUUAUUUUGAUUGUAAGACACCAUGAGUUGAUGGUGACAGAAUGUCCUAUUUCAGAGAUGUUAAAUUGCAAAAUAAUAAUAAUAAUCUUAAGGCUGAUGAAAUACAGCAUCAUUUAUAAUUAUACCAGAUAUCUCAAUUGAUAGCUUCAUAGGAAAUCUGCUUCACGUGGUGUAAUGCAGUUGAACUCCGAUUCUAUGUAAAUCAAAAUCUAGAAUGGUUGUUGAAAACACAGAUUCCAGAAUCUUGGCACCAGUGGUUUUGUUUCAGUUGAUUUUGAGGGAAGGGAGAGGGCGUAGGAUUUUUAAAAGCCUCUUAAACAAACAUGAUCUGUGUGGUCAAAAUAACCACAAUCUAUUGAAGAUUGGGGUAUUGGAAAGAACUCGAUUUCAAAUCCUGAUUUCUACCACUAGGAGAUAUGUGAUCUUGCACAGAUGGUUUAAAAUCUCCGUUGCAUUAGUGCCCCUGGAGACACCAGGGGAAAUGUGGCGUCAGACAGCGAGGGUUCUUCAUUGCAUCACAUCAUCUCCCUCAGUCCCCUCAGCUAUAAACGGGGGUGUUGUGUUAUCUAAUUAAGCAGCUAAUAUGUGUAAAAAAUUUAGAACAUUAAUGGCCUAUAACAAGCACCACAUAAGUCAUUGCUCACCUGUAAAAAUGGCACAGUAACAAUAGUACCCACUUCAUAAUGUCACAAAGAUUAAAUGAGGCAAUGCAAACUGAGCAUUUAGCAAAGAAAAAAAAUGGGAUUUUUAAUAUACUCAUUUAAUAAAGUAAUAUGUCUUUCAAAAUAAAUUCUUUUAAAACUCUUCUAAUAGCUAACCCUUAUUUUCUUGUCCUUGUUUUAUCUUGAAGAUAGACAAGGAAAAGUUUUCUGAUAUUUAAAUGAUUUAAAUAUUUUUAUGCUCUUAUUUAUCUGACAUGAAAUGUAAUAGCCCCCAAAUGAAAUAAGCUCUCUGAUACUACGUUAUGAUGUAAAUUAUUUUUUGAAUAACCAUGCUUAUUUUAGUGUAUAGAAAAUUAAGUUAGAAAAAUGCUAGUAAGUAAGCACAAGUUUGGCAUUCUUCAAAAAUUACCUUUGAGAGUCACAUAUGUGUUUAUAUCCUAGACAGAUAUGCUGCUCAUUUUUUUAAAAAAUAAACUUAUUUUGAGAUAAUUAUAAGUUCACCUGCAUUUGCAGAGAUAACAUAGGGAAAUCCUAUAUACACUUCAACCAGGUUUCCCCCACUAAUUACAUCUUACAGUUAUGUAUGUGUAUGUAUUUAUUUCUGUGUAUUUUUAUCACAUCUGUAGGUUCAUGUAUCCACCACCACAGUCAAGAUACACAGUUCAAUCACUGUUAGAACCCCUUUAGUGUUGUCUUUUACUUUACACAUUUCCCUCCUGCCUCCCCUUUUCCAACCCAUCCCAUAUUCCUGGCAACAAAUAAACUGUUCUCUUUUCUACAAUAUUGUCAUUUCAAGAAUGUGGUAUCAUACGCUACAUAAAUUUUAGGGAUUGGCUUUUUACAGACAACAUAAUUCCCUGGAGAUUUAUCCAAGUUGUGGCAUGUAACCAAUAGUUUGUAAACUUUUAUUACAGAGUGUAGUAUUGUGUAACAUUUUGUGUAACCAUUCACCCAUUAAAGGACAUCUGGGCUGUUUCCAGCGUGGGGCCAUUACAAAUAAAGCUGCUAUGAAUGUUCAUGUAUAUACUGUUGUGUGAACGUGAAUUUCCAUUUCUGAGAUAAAUGUUCAAUAUUAUAAAACCUGCCAAAUUGUUUUCUGGAGUGGGUGUUCCACUUUUCACUCCUACCAGCAAUGCAUGAACGAUCCAAUUUCUAUGCAUUCUCACUAACAUUUGGUAUUAUUGUUGGUAU